CCGACCUAGAUCUGGUGUCUUUCUCAGUUCAUCGUUUUCAUAAUUCCAACCGCCCCCGAUAUAUCUCAAGCUCUGUAAUACCACUCAAGGGCCGCACAUUUCCAAACCGCUAAACAUGUCCGGGGCUCGCCAUUGGGAGCAAGACAAGGAGGCGACAGUUUACAUCGGAAACCUGGACGAGCGAGUAUCAGAUGCGCUAGUAUGGGAGCUCAUGCUGCAAGCUGGCCGAAUAGUAAAUGUCCACUUGCCGAAAGACCGCGUAACGCAAACUCACCAAGGGUUCGGUUUCGUCGAGUUCAUCUCAGAGGAAGACGCAGAAUAUGCGGCGCGGAUAAUGAACCAAGUCCGUCUAUACGGAAAGCCUAUUCGAGUGAAUAAGGCCUCGGCGGAUAAACAGAAAACCGUUGAGGUCGGCGCAGAACUAUUUGUGGGGAAUUUGGAUCCAAUGGUGGAUGAAAAGACACUGUUUGAUACAUUCACUACUUUUGGGAACUUAGUUUCUGCUCCAAAGAUUGCCCGCGACGACCAAGGAAUCUCCAAAGGAUUCGGUUUCAUAUCCUACGAUUCCUUCGAAGCAUCCGACAAAGCCAUAGAAUCCAUGCACAACCAAUUCCUCAUGAACAAAGAAAUCAACGUCCAGUACGCCUACAAGAAAGACGGAAAGGGAGAACGUCAUGGAGACCAAGCCGAACGCCUCCUCGCAGCGCAGGCAAAGAAACACAAUGUACAAAUCACCCCCCAGCAACUACCCGCCCAACUCUUCGCACCAACUGGCCCAACCAGCGGCGUCCCCCCAAUUCCAGUCGGUGCCGGCCCACCAGCACCCUCGGCUCCAGGAAACUUCCAACGGGGCCCCCCAGCAAGGCCUCAAAACGGAAUGACAAAUCCCCACGACCAAGGUUUCCAGGGCGGCUUCCACGCACCCCCUCCCGGACCACCGCAAGGCCUCCCACCCGCCGGCAGAGGUGGUGCUCCGCAGCAUCAUGCACCCCCCCACCAACCGCAGCUUGCGCCUCCUCCGCAGGGCCUGCCGGCUCGUCCGCCUCCGCCGGUCGGGUUUCAGCCGCAUCAGCAACAUGCCUAUGGCAGACCCCCACCGCCAGUGGGGUUCGCUCAGCCGAUGCACCCUGGCUUCAGUCAGCCGCCUCCUCUGCCGGCGGGUUUCGGAAGUCCACAGCAACAGGCGCCUCAAGGGUUUCCCGGACAGGCUCCUGGAGCUCCACCGGGAGCCACAGGGUUUGCUCCUCCUGGGCCUCCGCCACCGGGGUAUGGCGGGUACGGAAGGGGACGGUAGACAGAUAGACGUUUCUGGAUGGGAAAUGUUCUAAUGUGCAUGUCCUUUUCUCCUCGUUCUAACUUUAUUCGUUUCGCGGAAAUAUUGAGCGCUGAACAAAAGUUUGUCACAUAGUAGCAGCUUGUAUUAGUACCGUAUCUUUAUUUA